AAUGUGCACCGUACCUGAAUUUGACGAAUUGGUAUCUUCUCCGACGUGUUCAACCGAUGAAUAUGUGAUCUACAAUCAACAAUGCAGCUUCUCUUGUCCGACUGGUUAUAGCCGAGCGGGUCCGUCGUUUGUUAUCUGCACGGGCUCAGGAAGUUUCUCGCAAAUGUUUCCUCGUUGUGUGAAGUGUGAUCCCAACGGCAGCGUUUGUCCAGAAACAGUAAUAACGUGCACCGUACCUAUAUUUGACGAAUUGGUAUCUUCUCCGACGUGUUCAACCGAUGAAUAUGUGAUCUUCAAUCAACAAUGCAGCUUCUCUUGUCCGACUGGUUAUAGCCUAGACAGUCCGUCAUCUGUUACCUGCACGGCCUCAGGAAGUUUCUCGCAAAUGUUUCCUCGUUGUGUGGACUGUGAAAACGCUUCCGCCGGUUGUAAAACAGGUAGGAUUAAGUGGCUCAAUGAGGUUUAG